AUGGCGGCGUGCAGGGCGCUCGUGAGUCGCGCUGUAUUACCUCUUCAUUAUCAUCAUGUAUCCAGAGGAGUGAUGCUCACACACGUCAGGGAGAAAAAGAGAUGGAUGAAGGCUUAUACAUUCAUUAUGGAGAGGAAGAGAAAAAUGGAGGGCCCUCCACCUCCAAAGCCGCGCUCCCAGCUGCCGAACUUUGAUUACCAUGCUGAAGUGGAGGCUUUCGGUGCCCGCCUGCAGGAGAGUUUCUCUCUGGAUCUUCUGAAGACUGCGUUUGUGAGCUCGUGUUACCUUCGCUCUGAGGAGGAGAGGAGGCGAGCACUGGGCCUUGACUCGGAGAUGACCGCCCUCAACCUGAAAGACAACGGCGAGCUGUCUGUGCACGGUCAACAGUUCACAAAGGGUUUCCUUGGUGACUGGUGCAGGGGCAGCUUUCAUAGCUUGCCUGAGGAGGGUGUGGCAGCUGUUGUAGACCACCUGACGGGGUCAGAGGUCAUGUGUGAUGUCGCGCGGAAGCUUGCCGUGGAGGAUUUGACGAUGAGUGCAGAGUUUCCUGUUCCCGAUGACACCCUAAAAGGAACGUUCUUCGCUGUGAUUGGGGCUCUGGAGAAGAGCAGCGGGCCUGUGCAAGCUGGGCUUUUCAUUAGGGAUUUCCUGGUGACUCAGCUGAUUGGGAAAGAUCUGUUUGACAUGUGGAGGGUGGUUGAUCCCAUGGGGCUGCUGGUUAAAGAGCUGACCAGUAAAAGUUUAGCGCUACCCGAGCCUCGCCUCAUUCGGGCUGCUGGCGCCAGUACUGUCCUCCCUCUCUAUUUUGUUGGGCUUUACAGUGACCGUAAGCUGCUGGCUCAGGGUCCGGGUGAGACCGUCCUGGCAGCCGAAGAGGAGGCCGCGCGUGUGGCUCUGAGGAAACUCUAUGGCUUCACCGAGGACCGCAGACCAUGGGACUUCACUGCCCCUACCGGGCAGCUUCAGAAGCCCAGCACACAGGCUCUCGCCAGUGGAUAAAUGAUGAGCAGAUUCCAUUGGGACACUUUUUGAAGAACCAAAAUAUUCACAUUGAUCAUCAUCUGCUUGAUCACAACUAUUAUGUAGGGUGAAACUUCUGCUGAAAUGUGGCCAUGGUGACACUGGAGGCCAACUUAUUAUGCCUGAGAGACUGAAAAUCUCGGUGCAACUCAUACUAGGACAAAACUGCCCAAUUAAUGAAAAAGAGCAUUAAUCUGCUCUGGAGGUGCUUUAGAUCUUCUGUUGGCACAUAUAAAUUGAUGUAUAUAAAUGUUAAACUUUGGUUGCUAAAAAUAAAAGUUCUGAACAAAA